AUAAUCUCUUGGGAAUUUCCUGGGUUGACAGUUCCUGGAUUCCAAUACUAAACAAUGGGAGUGUGCUGGACUAUUUCUCAGAGCGAAGUAACCCGUUCUAUGACCGAACAUGUAACAACGAAGUCGUCAAAAUGCAGCGGAUGACCUUGGACCAUUUAAACCAGAUGGUUGGAGUGGAGUACAUCCUUCUUCAUGCCCAAGAGCCCAUUCUCUUCAUUAUCCGAAAGCAGCAAAGGCAAUCUCCGACACAAGUUAUUCCAUUGGCCGACUACUAUAUUAUUGCUGGAGUGAUUUAUCAGGCACCUGACUUGGGGUCUGUCAUUAACUCCAGAGUUCUCACUGCAGUGCAUGGAAUUCAGUCAGCUUUUGAAGAAGCGAUGUCCUACUGUCGCUAUCACCCAUCCAAGGGCUACUGGUGGCAUUUCAAAGAUCAGGAAGAACGAGAGAAAGCUAAACCGAAAGCCAAGAAGAAAGAAGAACCAAGUUCUAUUUUCCAAAGGCAACGGGUAGAUGCUUUGCUUUUAGACCUGAGACAGAAGUUUCCACCCAGAUUUGUUCAGCAAAAGCCUGGAGAAAAGCCUAUCCCAGUGGAUCAAAUCAAGAAGGAACCAGAACCAGCCCCUGAAGCUGUCAAGCCAGAGGAAAAAGAGACUGUAAAGAAUGCUCAGCAGACUGCUGGUGCUAAAGGACCACCUGAAAAACGGAUGAGACUCCAGUGAAAGAAGUUCUUACACGUUUGGAUUAGUCAGUACCUGGAAAACGGGAGAUUCUUGCUCCCCUUUUCUUUAUAUUUAAGCUCUUUCACUGAGACUGAUGAUUCAGGGACUGAAGUCCCUGUAACAGCUAUUGUAGAAACCUGUCACGCAAGUGUUUAAUGUCAGAUGUGAGCUGCCUCAAAGAAGGUGUCUUCAGUCAUCUUAUUUUGAAUGUUGGUUUCUGAGAAUGGUUUUUACAUGAAUAUAUUUUGCAGCCUCCUGAAAUAUUUACAAAAUCUUAUAUCCUUUGUGUCUUGGUUUCCUAUGUAAAAAGAAAAAACUUUUUUAUAUAUAUAUAAAAAUAAUCGGAAUUCUUUGCAAAUAAAACUCCUGGCUGCUGGAA